AUGGCGGAUGCGCAGCAAGAAUGGCCGGAUCGCAGGUACGAGAUCUUGGGGUCGACCAUCAGCAUUGGUAUUCUGAGUACCUUGGUGCCGAUAUGGAGGGUCGUGUAUGCGAUCAUGAACAAGCGAAAGCUGUUGUUUUGCGACUAUCUCUUGACCCUAGCGGGCUUAAAUCUGACUUCGCGCAUCUGAAGACCAUCGACUUCGCUCAGGGUCGACACAUCGCGGACCCUUCGAUCAAGAAACCUGACGAUAUCGUUGGUUACAGCUAUUACGUGUGGGUCGGACAAGUGAUUAACCUGAUGGCAGUUGCUGUCCUCAAGUGGUCGAUCUGCGCGUACCUGCUUGCUCUGAAGUUUUCCAAGGUCUACACACUCAUCGUUUGGGCCUCAAUUCUUAUGGUCACAGUCUUCAGCUGCAUAUUGCCAUGUAUGGGUUUGUUGAACUGUGUGCCUUUCAAAGCCAACUGGAACCGCGCUGUGAAAGGUUAUUGCUGGUACAAAGGUCAUACCGUUCUGACUUAUGCGCAAGGUGUCAGUAACAUCACCACGGAUGUCGUGUAUGUUGUGGCGCCAAUCUUGUAUCUUUCAACCAUCCAGUUGGCAAAGCGGACACAGUGGGGCUUGAGGGUCGUCUUCAUGCUGGCUGACCUGUGCUGCAGAGCCACGGUGUGUUCGAUUUUCAAGACCAUCGAGCUGAGAGCGCUGAGGAAGACCAAAGACCCGACCUGGGAUGGCGUUAAUUUGACGAUUUGGAGUGCGACUGAGCUCUCAGUCGGUAUCUUGAUCGCAAGUUUGCCGCCCCUGCGGAAGGUCUUCGAUAAGAUGUUCCGCCGUAUCCUACCAUUAACCUUCAUGACGAGAUCGAAGACGCCAGGGACCAUACCAC